CAAGACGUUAAAAGUGCAACGACUGCAGCAUCCGUUCCAACGCCUUUGUUUCGCGUUCGUUUGAUCAACAUAGAUCAUGUACUUACCGCUCCCGGUCCACUGGAUCGUGCAGAAAGUGCAUUCAAUUCACCCGGUCAGCUGUUGAGAAGAGUUCCCGUCAUUCGAAUCUUCGGUGCAACUCCGGCCGGUCAACGGGUAUGCGCUCACAUUCAUGGAGUUUUUCCGUAUUGCUAUGUGCCUUACAAAGGAAGUUUGAAGCCUGAUUCAGUGUUGUCCUACAUUCAUCGACUUGGAAGGGAGCUCAACAUAGCCAUCGCAGCAUCUCUUCGUCGUGAUCCAAAUGAUAUGGAUAAAGCUCAGUUUAUUGCAGCAAUUCAUUUAUGCAAAGGUGUUCCAUUUUAUGGAUAUCAUGUCGGCUGGCGUUACUUUCUCAAAAUAUCAUUUGUUGAUCCUGGUCAAAAUGUGCGGAUCGCUACAAUUCUGCAAAGCGGAAAGGUGAUGGGGACAAAAAUGCAGCCUUAUGAAGUGCAUAUACGAUACAACCUACAGUUUAUGCUGGACUUCAAUUUGUACGGAUGUGAUUAUGUGGGUUUGGAGCAUGUCAUGUUCCGUUUACCUCUUCCCGAAGCUGAUCCCUUUCGCUCGCAAGAAAGUCAUGAUGGUGUUGAUGGUCAGCUGAAACAAUGGAACAGCGUCACGAUUCCCACACAGCUGGUCUUGCCGGAAAACAUAAUGAGGAACUCCUAUUGUGCUCUUGAGAUUGACUGUCAUUGCAUUGAUAUUCUCAACAGACUUCGACUCUCUAGCCGAAAUCAACACAACACAUUCGAUGAGACUCAAGUGCUGAAAAAACGUACAGGUCAAAAGUUGGUACCAAGUUUAACCGGACUGUGGGAAGAAGAACAAAUUCGUCGGAUAAAUGCGGGUCUCUCUCCCACGAUUCCCGAACCUGACACAUCUGGCGAUCAACGAAAGUUUGCUGAGGAUGAAUCGCCCAAAUGGCUUGCAGCAGAAAGGCAUGAAUCGAUGAUGCAAUUCAGAAGGGAGAAUGAGGAAAAGAUCUUGCAACCAGGUGAUAGAUCCAAGAAUACGUUUACAAAAGUGGCAGCUUUGGAUGCACAUAUUGUCACCACUUUUGAUAGCAUUCUACUGAUACAUGGGUUUGACAAACAUAAUGCACGACCUGAUGGUGGCAGCACCUCGGAUGUCAGUGCAUCUCAAACAGGCAAAAUCGGAUCGGUGUAUGACUUGGAGAAAAGAUUGUCGCAAGGUUUCUCUCCGGUGAAAGAUUCUUCUUCGAACAGCAAAGAUUUGAAGGAUGCUUCAAAUAACAGCGGGAAGCAACCGACGCCAAUCUUUGCAGAUAUGGAUUUGGCAUUCUUUUCGAGUCAGGCAUUCCAGAAGCAUAUGAGUAGAAACGAAAAAGAGCUUCAAUCUGCAGAGAGAGCCGAUGAUGAAUCCGAUGAAGAGGAACGACAAAAGAAGAAAGAACGGAAAUCAUACUCCGGCCAAAGCUCAUCACCUGCAAAGUCUCCAUUCAAGCGGAAAAGGAAUCGGGAUGAGACUAUGUCUAGCGAGGGAACCAGUGCCAGAACACGAGUACGAUUUGAUGAAAGCUCAUUCCCAUCUAGACCAUCUGCUGUCGACAAGAAGCAAACGCAGUGGGUCUAUGGUGCCCGUGCUCCUACAAAAACAGAAGUGAUGGAUUCUUUUCCAUACUUUGGCUUACCGAUUGUGGAACACAAGGACCCGUACUUUUCCAACCCAUUCGACGUUCCAAAAGCACGAGAAUAUGCAGGUCGAACAUUUGCAUUUGCAUCGGUAACCCUUCCACACUUGCUGCCUUUUGAUGAGACAAGUAAGGCGAGUGAGGUGGAUGGUAAGCAUAUUCGUCAAUGGGAGUUUGGCAGGCUACCACCAGCACGAUCAGAGCUAAAAGAAUGGGCAAAAGAAGAAGCAAUCGCCUCUUCUCAGCGCACCAGAGAUCGGCAAAAACGCUUCAUGACGCAAAAGCCUGCAAUCACUCAAGCACCCACCUUUGGAUUCAAACUCAGUCAACGUGAAAAGACUUCACUUGUUCAACGUGGCAAACAGCAUAUGACCAUAUUGGCUGUUGAGAUUUUGGUUUGCACUCGAGGAACGCUUCAUCCAGAUCCUGCCAAAGAUGCAGUUCAAGCCAUUGCCUAUUCAUUUCAAAAUGAAGAUGAAACGUUGGAUGAUACAGGAAGCAGACCUGGUUUGCGGUCAGGAUUGAUCAUUUUGCAAUCCAGCUCGGAAACUAUCAACCCCAAUCGACUAGGCAUCUCCCAUCUGGCUGUGGAGAUGGUUGAUGCAGAGCUGGAUAUGUUCAAUGCUUUGAUUGAUCUUGUACGCCUCUUUGAUCCUGAGAUCAUUGUUGGUUAUGAAAUCCAUUCAACCUCUUGGGGCUAUCUUGUGGAAAGAGCGGCAUUGCACUUCAAUUAUGACCUCACAAUCGAGAUUGGACGGGUAAACUCUUUCAGCACUGGAAGUCGUGAUGAUCGAUGGGGAGCAACGCAAUACUCCAGCUUACGUUUCACAGGCCGGCAUACUCUGAACAUUUGGAGGUUGAUGCGUGGAGAGUUGGCGUUGAACGUAUACUCGUAUGAGAAUGUCGUCUUUCAUCUUUUGCGCAGGAGAGUGCCGAAAUUUGACUAUCAAACAAUCACACAAUGGUACAAUAGCAAUGUCCCACAACAACGAGGAAGAGCGCUUCUGUACUGGGUAGAGAGGGUAGAAACAGAUCUGGAGCUCAUUGAAAUCUCUGAAAUGGUCUUUCGAACGGCAGAAUUCGCUCGUAUUUAUGGUAUUGACUUCUUUUCGGUCAUCAGUAGAGGCUCACAAUUCAAAGUCGAGAGUGUAAUGUUUAGGAUCGCUAAGCCAGAAAGUUUCGUUCUUCCUUCACCUAGUCAACAACAAGUAGGUAUUCAGAAUGCUGCUGAAGAUCUACCGUUGGUCAUGGAACCGUUGAGUGCGUUCUACAAAGGGCCAGUGUUGGUUUUGGAUUUCCAAUCGUUGUAUCCAAGUGUAAUGAUUGCAUACAAUAUCUGCUAUAGCACCUGCUUGGGUCGUAUUUCAAAAUUUAGGGACAGCUGGAAGCUUGGCUAUACGUCACAUGAUCUACCACGAGGUUUAUUCACCAUGUUGGAAAAGGACUGCUUUACUGCACCAAAUGGUAUCCUCUAUGCCAAAUCACAUGUUCGCAAAUCCCUUCUGGCAAAGAUGUUGACAGAAAUCUUGGACACCCGCGUGAUGGUCAAGGCAAGUGUAAAGGGCAACAAACAUGACCGUGCUUUUGUACGACUGCAGAAUGCCCGUCAAUUGAGUUUGAAGUUGUUGGCAAACGUCACAUAUGGCUACACCAGUGCAACAUUUUCAGGAAGAAUGCCUUGCGUUGAAAUUGCCGAUAGCAUUGUCAGAUACGGUAGGGAGACACUUGAGAAAGCCAUUGAAACCAUUCACGGAACGUCACAGUGGGGUGCACAAGUGGUCUAUGGAGAUACCGACAGCUUAUUCAUCUACCUUGAAAAUCGCACAAAGGAAGAAGCUUUCCGAAUCGGCAAUGAGAUCGCUGAUACAAUCACUGCUAACAAUCCCAAACCGAUUAAACUCAAGUUUGAAAAAGUGUAUCUUCCUAGCGUACUCUUAGCGAAGAAAAGGUACGUCGGUUUCAUGUAUGAAACUCUAUCGGAUGUCGUUCCUGCAUUCAAUGCAAAGGGAAUCGAAACCGUUCGUCGGGACGGCUUUCCCGCUCAACAAAGAAUGGUGGAAGCUUGUAUCCGAAUCUUAUUUCGAACGCAAGAUUUAUCUCAAGUAAAGGCAUAUUGUCAACGUCAAUGGAUGAAAAUCCUUCAAGGCAAGAUUUCCAUCCAAGAUUUUACCUUUGCCAAAGAAGUCAAGCUGGGAAGCUACAGUGAAAAUGGAGUACCACCACCUGGAGCCGCAUUGGCUGCCAAACGAAUGCUGAUCGAUAAGCGCAGUCAAUGUCAAUACGGAGAACGGGUACCUUAUGUGAUCAGUCAAGGGGCGGGCAAGUCCAGACUAAUCGACUUGGCUCGCGAUCCGAUGACAAUGCUCAAAGAUCGACGUCAAACUAUCAACGGAUUAUAUUAUAUUACCCGAGGACUCAUUCCACCUUUGUCUCGCAUUUUCAACUUGUUGGGAGCUGAUGUCGAAUCCUGGUUUCGUGAAUUACCAAAGGUGAAUGCGACAUUGUAUUCGCUUGCCGCAUUGAUGCGAGAUCGGCAGGCAUCAUCUUCUACAACGACGAAAUCAGCUUUGGCGGCUGGGCUCGGAUUAGGAGGUGGAAGGCUGUUGGAUCAUUAUCGGGCAGACGUGUGCCUGAUUUGUAGAUCGACGUCGGAAAAGGAGAUUUGUUUGGAUUGCCGAGAAGGAGAGUCGUCAACGUCUUUUCAGGUGGAAAGCGAGUUGAGAUCGUAUGAAGAGCGUGCAUGGAGUAUUGAUCGGAUCUGUUCAUCUUGUGCGAAUGGUGAUGUAGCAAGUGAACAUACACCAUGUGUGAAUUUGGAAUGUCCGAUUUUGUAUGAGAAAUAUAAGACACAAGACGAGUUG